AUGCACCCCGAGGCCUCGGAGCCAGCGGCCGACGGGACAGCGGAGCCGGACUGCGUGCAGGAGGAAUCCGCGGGUGACCACAGGGACAGGAGCGUUGCGGGCCGCAAGGAAGACAUUGGUGAUGCUAAGGAAGCCUGCGUCGCUCCUCUUGACUCUUCCUACCAAAACCAGCUGAAGCAGGGCGGCGACAGCAGGCCGGACGGCCACUUAGCACCCCCACGGGAUGAUGACAGGGAAGAUCGGGGCCCCAGAAUGACUAAACGUUUCCUGCAGAAACUCUGCAAGCAACACAAGCUUUACGUCACCCCAGCGCUGAAUGACACGCUGUAUUUGCACUUUAAAGGCUUCGAUCGCAUCGAGAACCUGGAGGAGUACACGGGCCUGCGCUGUCUCUGGCUCGAGUGCAACGGGAUCCAGAAAAUCGAGAACCUGGAGGCCCAGACGGAACUGCGCUGCCUCUUCCUGCAAGUGAACUUGCUGCACAGAAUUGAGAACCUGGAGCCCCUGCAGAAGCUGGACGCCCUGAACCUCAGCAACAACUACAUCAAGACCAUCGAGAACCUCGCCUGCCUGCCCGUCCUGAACACGCUACAGAUGGCCCACAACCACCUGGAGACGGUGGAAGACAUCGAGCACCUACAGGAGUGCCGGAAGCUCUGCGUCUUGGACCUGUCUCACAACAGGCUGAGCAACCCGGAGAUCCUGCGCGUGCUGGAGCGCAUGCCCGAUCUGCGAGUACUCAACUUGAUGGGCAACCCCGUGAUCAAGCACAUUCCUAGCUACAGGAGGACUGUCACCGUGCGACUGAAACACCUAACGUACCUGGAUGACAGACCCGUCUUUCCAAAGGACAGAGCUUGUGCCGAGGCCUGGGCCAGGGGAGGGUACGCGGCCGAGAAGGAGGAGAGGCAGCGGUGGGAGAGCAGGGAGCAGAAGAAGAUCACGGACAGCAUCGAGGCCUUGGCCAUGAUCAAGCGGCGCGCCGAGGAGAGAAGGAGACAGAAAGAGAGCCAGGAGAGGGGGGAAACACCUCCACCCAGUGGUGGUGAGAGCAGGCGUGCCAGCGUGGAAGGUGCUGAUGAGCCACCAGAGGAUGGAGAAAAGCAGCGGAAGAUGGAGCUGUUUGUUGAGGAAAGUUUUGAGGCCAAAGAUGAGCUGUUCCCGGAGAAGGCCUACGAAGAAGAGGAGCUGCCGGCCCAGGCUGUCGGGAGCACGGACCAUCAGGAGCCUGGGGAGGCCCUCCUGGCCGAAGUCCCCAGCCCGCCAGCCCUUGGGGCUGCCAGGGAAGAAGCUGCUCCCGAGCCGGUGGCUGCUUUGAGUGCCCUGCUCACCGAAGCCGGCCGAGCUGGAACCGAAGACAUGGCGACCACAGACAUGAACGUGGAGGAGAGGCCGCUCUUGAUCAGCGACCUCCCCGACUUGGAAGACAUCGAUGGCACAAGAGAAUCUGGGCAAGACCAGGAAAUGUGCAUCCCAAGGAUCGAGGCUGUCUCCAACCUGAGCGAUGACAGUGAGCCUGACCUGGACUGCCCGCCCCUCUCAGUGCUGGGACAGCCACCCACAGACACCCUCUCAAGCAUAUUUGCCAUCUCCAAGGACAUAUCUGUGAAGGCCACGUUGCCUUUUGCAGACUUACUCACAGAGGAGGCCAAGAGGACCCCAGCUCAUGACGCAGGGCCUCCCCAACCGCUGAUAGAGGAGCUCAGUGACUCCGAGCUGCCACACAGCCCCCCGAUGCCCCCCAACAGCAGCAAGGAUGGGGACAGUGGCCUCCAUGCAGUCUCUGCACCAGGGAACCACAUGGCUGGGUACGAGGCGCUGUCUGCAGUGGAGCCCAAGAAGCAUGGGGCAGGGCCAGGCCACGAGGACAUUGAAUUUGGCCUGGACUGA